GAGUAGAGCGCGCGGCUCAGACACGGCAGAGCUGCGUAGAAAACACUCAGAGUCACUUUAAGAGCUCUUACAAAGUGCACAGAACUGAAGGCGUCAUGUUUUACCACUGAUCAGGUAAGUUUGAGCAGAACAAGACGCGUCUGGAUACUUUUUGUUUCUUCGACUUCAUGAGAUGAAAUAAAGGAAGCUAACCUUUUUCUUUGGCUAACAAGCUAAUGUUUUGCCAAAGUGCUUCCCAUUACGCAUCGCCUGCGGCUCUGUCGUAAACUUUGUGUCGCUGCGUAAGGAACUGCGGCCCGUUCCGGAGGAUGUCUACUCCAAGCAACUCUCUCCAGCAGCCCCGGGUGAGGCGCAGCACUGCGGGCUCCCCGGGCUCGUUCAACAACAGCAGCUGCCGGCUGCACCCCAUGCGCGCCACCGUGCCCUAUCAGCUCCUCUGCGGGGGUCAGGCCAGUCCCCCGCGGCUGCAGCCCGUCCCCGGGGGUGCCACGAACAGCAGGGGCUCCAGUCCCCCCUCCAGCCCGACGCUAAGCCCAGGAAACACACAGCCCAAGCAGCAGAGACUGUCCCCUGAAAACAAGGACUCCAUCUGUCCUCCAGACUCUCCAGUGUCCAGAGAGAGAUCCAAGUUUCCGCUCCGGAGUUGCAGUGCGAUUUGGCGGACAUCUUCUCUGGACGCCAUCACGGGGCCGUACCUCACCGGACAGUGGCCCCGGGACUCACACGGGCCCUACCCCUCCUGUAUGAAAGACAAGGCCACACAGACUCCAGGCCUGUGGGUGGAGGAGACAGCAGCAGAGCAGGGGGCCCCCCACCAGCGCUCAGCAUCCUGGGGCAGCGCUGACCAUCUCAAAGAGAUCGCCAAACUCCGACUGCAGUUGCACAGGAGCAAACAGGUGAACCGGGGCAGAGAGAGGGAGGGGGGACACAGCGCCUCCUCUGGACAAACACAGCACAAAGGGGCGCCCUCCUCCACAGUGCCAAAGCCCCUGAUCAGCAGAGUGCCCAGCAGUGUGGAGGCCAUCAACCAUGAGCUGGAGAACGUCUUCAUCAGAGACGACUGGGAGCACAGCCCACAGUGUCUGGAUGUAUUGGACGGCCGGCGAGCCCCAUUCCCUCGACUCCGCCUCAGUGCAGAAACCCGUGACACAGACACACAGGCGCCUUCUAGUGGAGACUCCUCUCCUCUGCCCAGCAGCCCCGAGCACGGCAGCCCCUGCUCCACCGAGGACACAGACAAAGAUAGCGUGUGCUGCUCUCCUCUUCCCAAGUUUGCCACUUCCCCCAAACCCAACAACAGCUACAUGUUCAAACGGGAGCCACCAGAGGGCUGUGAAAGAGUCAAGGUCUUUGACGAGCUCGGGUCCGGUCAGUCCAAAGGUUUCCCUCUGUUCUCUUGUCCGGAUAAAAACAAGGUUAACUUCAUCCCCCGUGGCUCCGCCUUCUGCCCAGUCAAACUACUGUGCUCCUCCCUCUUCUCCCCGAUCCCGCCCCCCGGCCCCAUGCUGACCUCCGACCCUGCCUCCUCCGCCGACGCCGAGAGCGGCCCUGAGGAGGGGGACCUGUCUCUGUCACGCAACGCCCGCUAAACUCAACCUCAACUGAAGCAACAGCGCAAGCACCAGCCGGACAUUUCAGCACUCCACGCAUACUGAUGACCGGCCACUAGGGGGUGUAGAGAGCUAAAGGAGACAUGUUAUGCUCUUUUCUUUUGGAAAUACUUAAAUACACAUUGUUUUUUCAUGUUUGUUACUAAACAUAAGUUCCAUUCAUGUGUGACUGUAGAGAUUUGAUAUGACGCCCUCUGCUGGCGACAGUGGGAGUGAAACAUUUUGACAAUUUGAAGUGGCAGCAUUGCUCUUGUUGCUACAGAUACAGUAAAUUAUUUUCUCAUCAAAAUUGGGAGUAAAAAUAAAAGAGGACCAAAGCAAGUCUACACCAGAACUAAACCAACCAGGAUAAGAGUGAACGCAGUGCAAGUGAAGGCAACUUAAAGGAGACAUAUUAUACAAAAAGUAAGUAAAAUGAUCGAUAUAUCGGUCGGGAUGUAUCGAGUAGGGAUGCACAGAUCCAGCUUUUUCAAUUCCAAUACCAAUGUCGAUACUUUGUUGCAUAUAUAAUUUAUUUCCUUAUAACACAAACAGCUUAUGGUUACAGAUCCAAAUGUUUUUAAGUGUUAUUUAUCAUUUAAUGUAGCUACAAAACAGCUUUAAAAAUACAAUAAUAUGAGAUGUUUUGGGCCUUUUUUUUUUUGUUUCUUUGCGAAGAAUGUGUAACAACGUACAAGUACAUCUGACCAGCCAGGCAUAUCUUUAUCUGUCAUAUGUCCAACUCAAAAUCACCUCCAAGACUGAGUAAUCCUAGAUAACAAAUGUACAACUCUAUCAUUAUUGUAUGUUUUGGGCCAGUAUUGAUUUUAUUAUAAUUUAUAGAUAAAAUGAGAUAUCGACUGAACUGAUAUCUUGGAAGCCGAUAUCCAAUGCAUAACAAUUUCAAUUUUCAAUAUCUGCACCGAUAUCUUACACCAGUAUUGUAUCGGUGCAUCUCUAAUAUCGAGACAAUAUUUGAAACUUUUUAGCGAAUGACUAUCAGCCUUAAAUUUCCAGCAGAGAUAGUUUUUUUUUAUUUUAUUUUGGUUUUUUUUGCCCAACCUGCUGUCUAAAUAUGCAUCAGAAACAUGCCUGAAGAGGUUUUAGAUGUCACCCGUGCAUGUUUGAGUAAUCUAGUGAUCUCUCCUGGGAGGACACUACCCACAAGCCUACGUCAACCACACUCCCACAUGACAGUUUUCCGUAAAGCGUGACGCAAAACCAUCUUGACAAACCUGAUGCGAUGUGCAGUCGUGUCAUUAGCAAUAUCUGUGCUGAUCGUGUUGUGAUAGCGCUCUGAAGGGGGAGUUACUUAGCGCUGGUAGCAGAGGAGGCGAGACUCAGAACAACAAAAACAAAGAUGUCAAUGCGUCGUUUUCGAAUACGGCAAUUUGAAAACAAUAAAAGGUAACAUGGUGAUCUAAAUUUGAAAGUUUUGCACUGAAUACCUGAUAGUAAAGCAAAAAACAAAUCAAUGCAACAAAAUACUACUCCAGGAUGUGAUUUUGAGGUACAUUUAACGUUAUACCUGGAUAAAACUCAAAGUCAGUUGAUAACAUGUCUCCUUUAAGAGCUCACAUGCCCUCACUUGUUUUGUACAGCGCGUUUAUUUUGCUCAUUGUAUUCCAGUUUCAUUCAUACUGAAAUAACUCAAACAGGUGUGGGUGGUUUUAUGACUGUUCUUUACACCAGAUGCCCAUCCUGAAGCAAUUCAUUUAUCCAGGCUUAAAAUAGGAACAAAUGGAACACAUCACAUUCCAAGCCAAAGAAAAGAACUUCCCAUCCCAUCUAUGCCCUGCUAUAGUCCUACAAUACAAACUUUAAGCUCCAGAUCAUUCUAAAGCCAUUCAGGAAAGGUUCAUUUGUGUCCUGUGAAUGGGACUUUUUCAGUAUCGAUACCUGCUCAAUUGAGUAUCAAGUUUGGAUACUAGUUUUAGUGUCUGGUUUUCGAUACUUUUGAUAACCUUAUUCCAAAUACAACAGUUAUCCUAAAAAUCUAUUGAUACUUUGCAGUGACUUGGGGUGUUCUACAUGCGUCUCUAUUGGCAGAAUGUUCAACAGUUACAAUAGUGACACAAUGCGCACAUGAGAAAAUCUGCGAUGUGUUUUAAAGCCUGUUUACAUGAGAACACUUGUAGGUAAAAACAACGAAUCAUAUUUUAUCAGAAGUGCCUUUCGUUUAGAUGGUGGCAGCAUUUUUGGAGCUUAAAAACGCAAAAAUCUGAAACCACCCUCCAGAGUGGAAAAGUUGAAUACGCUCCGCUGUAGCGUUUCCGUUUACACUGCCCAAGACGCAAAACUCUAGUCAGAUCUGCUCAUGUCGUGUACAAGUUUACGUCACAUACAUACAGUACACAGAAACAAACAUGUCUGACCGAAUUCCACACACUUUUGUGUCACUGUAUGCAUGCAGACUUCCUCCCGAAAACGCUCGUCUAAACGCGGAAUAAAAAGUGAAGCCGCGACGCCACUUUUGCGUCUUCUGUUCAGACCGUCAUCAUAUAAACGUAGCCUUAAUAUAUCAGAUGAAGAGAAAAGGUUGAAAGCUUCACGGGGUCAUAAAAAAGUUUAAAAAUAGCAGUACAAGUGCUCUACGAGAGUUAAACGUUCAAGUCUCAACAGAACGUAGCCCUUACUGGAAAAUGUAAAAAUCAAUUGGUGUGUCUCGGGUUUAUACCUCACCCAUUUUUACAUUUUCCAGUAAAGGCUACGUUCUGUUGAGACUUAAUGGUGAAAAAAAAGAAACCUGUGAUCAAUACGAGCGUUCAUGGUCUUGUUUAGGAGUUACAUUUUCAACAAAAAGGUGAGAGCGACUGACUGAAAAACUUGACCAGUGCUACUAUAGUGACAUGUGGCAAUAAUUUUACUUGUGAGAGACUUGUUUAACAGCACAGAUCACCUCUCCUGUCAAACAAGUCCGCUCUUUCUAGUCAUCUGGUGUUCAAAUAAAGAUCAUAUUAAGUCUUGAGGAACAGAGCUUCAGACAGAUUCGUUCUUCCAGUUAGCUUCACACCCCUAGAGAAUGUUGAUGACAUCAGCUGCAAAGUAUCAAUUGACUAACUAACACAUGUCACUGGGUGUUUUUGAUAAUCAGAUUUCUCUUGUCCAUUUAAACACCAAAACACAAACACUUCACCGCCCACGUUUCCAGCUUUGGCGAAAGUCACAGGGCUUUUUGUGACAGGAAGGGCAUCCGACAUAAAAACAAACACUGGGAUACUUGGGGAUACUUGGAUGCCUAUAAACAAGCUCUUAUCACUUGAAACCUUUGCUUUUGACUAACCAUGUCUUCAUUGUAGUCACGAUAUUGAGCAUAUUAUGUUUUUUGUUUUUUUUAGAGACUUUUAAUCGUCGCUAACCUGGAAACUAAGUAUAAGCUUUGUACUCUGCUAUAGUCAGUGACAUAUCACAUUCAUGUCUUACCUGUGUGAUUCAGGUUAGUCUGGUUGUACUCUUUAGCACCAGCAGCAGGCGCUGUGGAGAAGGCUACAAAAUAUCAGAUUUUUACGGUAUUAAAAAUGUGAAAAACAGAACUAGUUCAUUGUAAACAGUUUGCAAUGAUCCGAAGUUAUUCCUCAUUACCUUAUGCGUUCCGAGCAUUUUUACGUGCAUUCCACAACUUUCAGAGACCAGAGUUGAGUUUCGCUGACGUCCAGGGUAACUCUAACAGCAAAUAGCAUGCUAAGCACACACUUCCUGAUUAUAUACAUCCAGCUACGGCGUUGUAAAGUACCGUAUUUUCCGCACUAUUAGUCGCUUUGGAUUAUAAGGCGCACUGUCAUAGAAUGGUCUAUUUUCAAACUUUUUUCACAAAUAAACACCUGCACCAGACUUUAAACGAAACACAACAGUUGGAUGGGUGAGUGGUUUUGUUUGUUUGGUGCGUUCACGGUGACUCUGGGUUUUGUUCAGUUGUGGCGUGUAGGGAGGGUGCUGUCUGGGACCGCUGGAUUGUCGGCGUGUUCGCAGUGACUCAGUUCAGUUGUGUCUAGAAGUGGCACAUUGCACUCGCUUUUUCGGUUCGUUCCGUUCCUCGUCGGCGUGGAGUGAUGAGUGUGGCUGCGGGUGUGUUUCGCUGUACGGUCGCUGUCUGCUCCGUGCGUGUUUCCGUGCGCUGUGGGUGGUGCGGCUUUGUAGUUUACUGAAGUCGUGCUACACCUGUGCGGAUUCAUGUAUAGCGCGCUCUGGACUGUGGGGCGCGCUGUCGUUUUUUGAUGGGGUUGGAGGCUUAAGAGCACGCCAUAUAGUGCGGAAAAUACGGUAAUCAACAAGGCUAGUUUGUUCAUUGGUUCGGUACCUGAUUUUUACUGUUUAAAAUGAACUAGUUCUGUAUUUUAUGUUUAUUCCUCACUUACUUUAUGCAUUCCAAGCAUCAUAAUUAUUCACCACGAUCAGUUUGUAAGCUUUUUUCACAACUUUCAGAAAACAGUGGAAGGUAAAAGCUAACAAAAACUCACAUGGUAACGCGCACUUCCUGAUUGUCAAACCAUAAAAUGCGCUGUAAUUGGAUGCAGACAGUACACACCAGACUUAUUUUGACCUCACGAGCUCAAAUACAUAAAAGUUUAAACUUUUAAAGUGAUCUGUUUUAACUUAUUAAGUGGUCUUAUAAAAAUGUGUGGUUAUGGCAAAAAAAAAAUAGUUGUGUUUAUUGCUAAAGUUUUCAAGUGAAAUUUUUGUUGCUUUCAAAAUAAUUCACACAAAAAGUUUAAUCAUAUAGAAAUAUUUUGCUUUCCAAGUGCCACCACUCCAAAUCCAAAUCAAACGUUUGAUUUCUGUCGCACAUUUUAAAAACAAAACCGUUUCCAAAGUGCUGCAUUUAUAAAAAUAACAUUAAACCAUCAAAGGGAAUACAACAGAGGGUAUAAAUGUUCAAUUUAAAACACAAAAACCAGUCAAAUCAAAUAAAAGCGAACCCAUAAAAUAGCAUUUAGUGAAUAAAAACUAUCAAAUAUAAUAUAAAGGACUAAAAUAUAUCAAAAUCCAGGCUAAAUUAUAAUUUAAAGGUGUUGUACUGUCUUAAAAAACUUGAAAAACAGUUUGCAGUGGUCCAAAGUUCUUCCUCACUUACUUUAUGCAAUCAGUGCAUCUUCAUUACUCACCACGAUGAGUUUGUAAGAGCUUUUUACAACUUUCAGAGACCAGAGCGGAGUUUGGCCAAUCCCGGUAAAGCUGACAACUAGCAUACUAACGUGUACUUCCUGAAUAUCAGACAAUACAAACAUCUAACAAUAACACACAAAGGUCUAGAAUGACUCUAGAAAGCAUUUUGUGUUAAUUCAACAGUAUAUUAAGCUUCUAACAUAGCAUAUCAAACCAUACCGUACCGCGCCAGUGUGUGAAACCGCCUCCUUUAUCUGUGUUAAAGGUGCACUGUGUCACUUUUUUGUUGGGGGAUCCGUCACCUGCUUGUUUCUAUGGAUACAUUUAUUCAAUUACAAGUGAUUCUGUAGCUCAGAAAUACUCUCCAUGAACACAGAAAGGUGUAAUGCCAUACUGUGAAACAUUUCAGACAAAGCAAGGGGCCCUCCACUAGAAAAGUUACACAGUGCACCUUUAAAUUUCUCUCAUGACCCGCAGAAGUAGCUCAGGGCAUGUCCCAGGACAAUAGUGCCUUCUAGUGGCCUUUCUUAGCACCGACACGUUCCUCUCUGGGUUUUUAUACAAGAUGGAUGCCUUAUCUUACAAUAACAAGUACAAACACAAAUACUUUAGUUACAGAAUACUGAAUACCUGCAUUAAAAUGUAUUUGGGCCAAUCAAAGUACUGGAUUCUGAAUACUUGGAAUACUUUUACAUCAAGUUGUAUUUAAAGUGCCUAUGAUACGCUUUUAUGAAUCUCAAAUUUUGUGGGAAUCUGAUGGGAUAAUACAUAAAAAUAAAAUAUAAAUUGUAGUUUUACACCAAUCAAGAAGCAAUUUGUCGACAAAAUUUGAAAAAUAUACAGGAAGUAGUCCCAUCACACGUUGACAUCACACUGGGGAGAAUUCUGUCCAAAAGUUAUGCACAAUUUUCACACAAGAAACACAUUUUUUCAGAUACAACAGCAAAAUAAAGGUGUUUUCUUGUAUUUUUAUUUGUCAGAUGAUAAUCUUUGUGCACAUUAGAGAAGUUUUGGCUCUGUGUGAUAUGGUUGCUAGGUAACAGUAAAUGAAUUCCCUAGUCUAGUGUGAUGUCAUGAAAAAAAAAUUGACAAACAGGACUUUUUUUUUACAAUUUAUUUCAGUAAAAUCUUUAAUAUAAUGCGUUUAUCUGUGUUUUUGAUCAAAUGAGUAGUUCAAGCUGUCAUAGGCACUUUAAAGGUGCAUAGUGUAACUUUUCUGCUGGAGGGUCCGUCAUUUACAUUUCUCCAUGAAAAUGUUAUUGCUUCGCUUGGAAUGUUUCACAGUAUGGCAUGAAACCUUUCUAUCUUCAUGGAGACCAAACCAGAUCAAGUUACAGGUCAGAUCUGUGGAGAGGCGACCCCGUUCACAGUCUGAAUCUCUGUUUUUCUAAGUAUUUCUGAGCUAUAAAACCACAUCUACCAUAUUUUUCAGACUACAAGGCACAAAAUCAGUAAUGUUGAAUUAUCUAGUCUAUUUUCAUACAUAAGGCACAUAAAGUGAAACAAAACGGUCAGAUAAGUCAAAUUUUAUUUAAUUGGGCGAUUUCGGCAUCAAGCCCGGAUCACUCUCGUCAUUAUCCGAGUCAGUCUCGUUGCUGUUACUUCUCUGUUCAGUGAUGAUUCUGCCUUUGUGAAAGCUCAGGCGACACUUGAGACUGAUCCCUUAGUCCAGGCUGCCACGAUCCAUUGGCAGAUCGUGACUCAGCUGACGUUGCCUCUCUGUCUUGGUGAAUGUGUAUUACUCCUCGAGGCUCCUGACAAUCAAUCAUGCGGUGCGGCUUCGUAGCUUACCAAAGUCGUACUAAAACAUUUUCACAAAUUUUUGAAUGCCUUGUACUGCAUAAAAUCGGUUCGAGGUCAGUAAGCACAACCAGAAUUAAUACAUAAGGUGUAUCAGAUUAUAACAUGCACUGUCUGUUUUUGAGAAAAUGAAAGGAUUAAAGGAAGUGCGCCUUAUUGUCCGAAAAAUACGGUAAUGGAAUUGAAGGUAAGGUAGAGGUGUUUAAUGUCAUACCGUGGAACAUUCCAACCAGAGCAAUGACAUAUCCAUAGAAACAAGCAGGUAGUGGACCCACAACGAAAAAGUUACAUAGUGCACCUUUAAAUUAUACGCAAUAUUGGCUUGAAAACAGCUCUACGUUUGUUUUACCGUUUUCCGUUAUCUUAUCGUGAUCAAGGGAUGUAACAAUAACCGAAAUAUCAUGAAAUCGUAUCGUCUAAUGUCUCACAAUAAUAUCGAGGACCAUCACAAUAUAUCGAGUUACAACAACAGAGGGAACUACAUAGGCCGUAAUCCUUUGACUACAUGAAGUAAUAACUGUUUUAAGCACUUUUAAAUUCUUUGAGUUAAGUCUUAUCAAGGCAUUUUAAGAAGAAUAAGUAGCGUAUACACAGUUUUGUUUGUUUGCCUCCACAAAACAUCGCAAUAAAUAUCGAACCGUGAGAUGCAUAUCGGGAAAGUAUCGAGAGAUUUGGAUACUGUUACAUCCCUACUUACCACAAGAGCUGUUUUUCUUUUCAUUUUUCUCGCUGAUUUUGUGCAGUUUGAAGCCUAAAUUACAUGAUAAAACACAGUAAUGUAUUCCAUAACUGUAUUCUGAAUAGUACUAAAUGAAAAAGUACUUUCCAGAAUACAAUCAAAAUUAGUAUUCAGAGUACGUAUUUUUGGUGCAUGUAUUCAGUUACUUCCCAACUCUCACAAUAGCAGACAUUAAAGGUGCAUUGUGUAGCUUUUCUUUUCUGCUUCUUCCUAUGGAGAUGUCACUGCUCUAUCCAGAAUGUUCCACAGUGAGACAUUAAACAGCUCUACCUUACAUUUAUUCAGUUACAGGUGGUUUUAUUGCUCAAAAAUACUUAGUUAAAAAGGCAUUCUGACUCCACAGAUCUGACCUGUAAUUUGGUCUGGUUUGGUCUCCAUGUUCAGACAAACAUCUCCUUGAGGAAAAGCAUUUGACGGACUCUACACCAGAAAAGUUACACAAUGCACCUUUAACACAUUGUAUUAUUUGAAGCUUAUGUCUUACUAGAUGCUUUCAGGUAAACAAAAAAAGACUUGAAUUUUUUUUGGUUCAUGACAGAAAAAAAGAUGGAAUAAGAGUGGAGACGUUGUUGUUAUUUUUUUAAAAGGUGGAUUAUGUAACUUUUUUGGGGGGGGUGAUGCCAUUGCUUUGCCUGGAACUUGUCCAUCCAUAAUUUUCUUUCCUACAGGCAGUGUAGUAGUAGCCAGACUAGCACCACCUAGUGCCUCCACACAAUUUAAUGUCUCUCUAGCGACUAGGUCAGGAAUCAGAAUGCUCGGUUUGCAAGAACCCCGGAAGUUGUAGAUCGCGCACCGGCCAAUCAGUGAAGAGCUGUGAAGCCAUAACUGGGUCCCUUUUGUGGUACAGCACAACAGUAAACAAAGAGGUAGAGAUGGAUGUAGACAAAGACAGACAUUCUGUGUUGGCAACAAUUCCCGAGAUCGAGGAUUUAAAGCCGGAACAAAGAGAAUGUUUGGUGAAAUUUAUCAAGGGGAAGAACGUUAUGGCCCUUCUUCCUACGGGAUUUGGGAAAAGCUUAAUAUGCCAGUUAGGCUCAUUAGCGUGCAGUACAUACAGUACAUCACGACCAAAUAGCAGCGAUUGGUUAAAUAAAAAAAGUACUCACCGACCGCCGAGCGAACAAAUCCUAAUGCUGCGAGGUCAGACAGUUUCCACGAAGUGAAACUGGCUGAUGAAUCAGGCUCGUGUAGCAGUGGUCACAAUACAAAAAUUUCAAGCUUGAUUUCGAUAGACUCUUCUAAAUACUGAUUCUGAUACCACGAUGAAAAUUAAAAACACACUUUCUUUAGACAAUAGAAUGUGAUUUUCAACAUUAAAUCAUGGUAGUUUCUUUUCUAUUCCAAUGUGGCCUUAUAUGUGUGUCAUCCCUCAGUGGUCCAGGUAGGUUCCAUAGUGGUCCAUGUGUGUAUACUAGUCUAUACUUGUUCUGAUACAGCUCAAGAUCAUUCUAAAACUCCCGUGAAUGUGACUUUUUCAGUAUCAAUACCUGCUCAAAUGAGUUUCGAUACAGUCCAAUGAGGUUCAUUUGGUCUUCCGAUAAUUUAUGUUAUUAGGUUCUUUUUUCAGACCAGAGUUUGUUUUUAUAGCUGACAGUUUGGACUGCUCACUGUCAUCUUCCUCAGAGUGGUCACGUGAUGUUGCUGUGACGUGUUCCUCAGCUGAUUUAAACAGGUUUUGGUGCUGUCUUCCUACCGGUGGAGGCAGGACGACAGCGCCACCUGCAGUCCGACUUCCUCAGGACAGUAUCCCGGGUGUGUGAGAGUAAAAAAGCCCCUCAUCCCGGUUUAUCAUCCCGUGGGCACGUUUCUGUAUUUCGAUUGCCUCUUUAAUCCUUUAAUCUAGUUUCGAUACAGGGUUUAGUAUCGAUUAGAAUUAGAUUUUUUUAUAUUUUUGACAAUCCUAACUACAGUUUUGUUUUUGUUUUAUGUACAAGAAUACGUUGCAUUCUAACCACUCCACAGAUCUAACCUGUCACUUGUCACAUGUCUCAGAGUACUCUACAGGCAAAGCAAUAGCAUCUCUAUGGAAAUGAGCACCGUAAACGUUACAUAAUCCAACUUUAAGUGAUUUGUUAGAGCCCAAAAAUAUGUACCAAAGCAAAAAAAUAACAAUGGUUAGCUGCGUUUAGUUUAGUUUUUUGUUAAUAUUGAAAGGUAAUACCAAGUUUUAGCACUUAAUGAUGAUCUUUUACAAUUUACAAUCAAAACUGUGCAAUGAUCUGUAUUUAUUUUGACACUAACUUUUCCCAUUCCAAACAAACAUCCCUCUCUGGCCGGUCUAGUGACGGAAAGUUCACUAGACGCGCCUCGACUCCACACGCGCUCACAUAGUUGUAAUUUCAGUGUUGUAUUACAAGUUACAUUCGGUUGUUACCAUGUUCAUUAAGUUGUGUGUCUUCUGAUUUUGUAUGUAGCGUGUUUUUAAAUAAAGAAUCGCAAAAUGUU